ACAAAUUACAAGCAGCAUAUGAAGGAAAAGAUGCUGAUGCUAAAUGAUGAGCAUGGGGAAGACGGACAAGAAACUGCUGGAGAGGCAGCAGUGUCAGAGUUGUUUGACCACUUCAAAGACAGAAUUGCUGAAGCUGUGCUUAGUGCAACUACAACAUCUCUGGCAUGUUUGGCAUGUGCAUGUGGUUGUACAGGAGAAGUCAUCCGAACAUUCACCCCAUCUUCUAGCCAAGACAGGGGAAGUUACUCUAGCUCACCAUCACCUAGACCUUUUUCUGCUGACCGUGAAAGUACAAGCAGUAGAAUGAGCUCAGCUCAUUCCACAGGACAGCAUUCCCCUAUGCCUGAUUGGCCAGUUACUCAGAUGGCAAACUUAUCAGCCGAUAUACCUCAGAAAAGUCUGGUUCAGGGUACUUGCAUACAGUUUGAGCUGACUGUAAAGUUCUCCAUCCCAAAUGUGGUUGUAGAACCAACACUUGAUGUGAUUCAGACAGCCAUUACUGAGGCAACAAAUGCUAUUCUAGAAGCGUCAAAAGAUAUUUCCUGGACUGGGGAAACUAACGGUGACAGCCUGUUUGAUUUGAUUAGCAGCGAUUCCAAUGUCCAAGAACUCCACUCUCAGCUCACCACAGCUGUGGAUGAUUUUGCAGACUUAGUGGACAAACGUUUGUUUCACUUCAGCUACUACAAUUUUCUCUGGAAGGAUGACAUGCAUGGCAACAUUCAGGAGUUCAUUAUGGCUGACCCUGGUGAAGUGGCCAUCAAGAGAGAGGUGGAACACUAUCUUCACCUUGAGAAAAACAUCAUGGAAAUCCCAUCAAAGUCACCUGUUGGGCCUGUGAGUUUGUUUACUGACCCUAUCAAGGACUGUCUUCUGGGCUUUUCUGUGACAUGGAAAACAAAGUUUGCCUCUGUACUACAUGAGGAAGCCAAGAAAAGACUCGAUAGCGCUGUGGCAUACAGAAGUUCAGUGCAGUCAAGACUAAAACAGGAUGUUCAAACAUUAGACCAACUGAAUUCUACCUUACAUCUGCUGGAAGAGUUGAGGGACAUGGAAAAUACGAUUGAUGGAGUUUAUCAACCAAUUGAGGCAAUGUAUGCAAAAUUGAGAGAGUUUGAGCUAAGACUGCCCAGGACUGAAGUGGAAGAAGUAGCAAGUCUAAGGCAGAGGUGGAUAGAAGUACUUGGACUUGCUGAAUGUGUGAGAGAGGAACUCCUCAAGGAAAGAAGAGGGGCGUUCGAACAGGAGCUUGACAAACAGAUCAAGACAUUUGUUGUGGAAGUUAUUCAGUUCCGCAAUGCCUUUGAUACCCAAGGUCCAGCUGUCCCGGGUAUACAGCCAGCAGAAGCAGUGUCCAGACUGCAUGACUUCCAGUACCUGUUCAGUGUUUAUGCAGCCAAGUGUCAGACACUGAAUUCAGUCUCUAAGCUAUUUAGCAUUCCUUGUAGGCGUUUUCCAGAGCUGGACAAAACAGGAGAGGAACUUGAAUUGUUGAGCCAGCUGUAUGGAUUGUUCCAGAAGUUUAUACACUUUGAUAGCAGAUUCAGGAAUACUCUUUGGGCCCAUGCGGAUCUGGAGUCUGCAGCAGCAGAAGUGGAAGGAUUUUGGGAUGAAUGUCUGGCACUCCCAGGCAAGCUAAAGGAUUGGGAUGCAUACAGUGACCUGAAGAACAGGCUACAAACAUACUUAGAAGUCUUCCCUUUGUUACGGAAACUAUCCUCUAAGGAAAUCCGUAACCGACAUUGGCUACAAGUUAUGCAGGUGACACAUAGCUCUUUCCAGUUGGAGGCAAAUAUUUUCAGAUUGAGUAAUUUACUAGACAUUGGACUUAUCCAGUAUAAAGUUGAAGUAGAAGAAAUAUGCAAAGGGGCAAGUCGAGAGUUGGAACUGGAGGUCAAGAUGAGGAUGACUGAAGAGGAGUGGACAGAACAGGUUUUGAAUUUUGAACACUACAAGAAAAGAGGUCCUAUGUUUUUGGACAAAACUUUUACAGAGAGGUUGUUGGAACAGCUUGAUGAUGCCGAAGCUCUCCUUGCCACCAUGUUGACAUCAAGAUACAUUGGCCCCUUGAAAGAUGAAGCUGCCUCAUGGGCUGAGAAACUGAAAGAAGUGUCAGAGGUUCUAGACUUGUGGCUAGAAGUGCAAGCUUUGUGGCAGUACCUAGAGGCUGUGUUUAGUAACCAACUAGCAGUUAAGGAACUUCCACAAGAAGCAAAGAGAUUUUCACGCAUUGAUAAAGGCUGGACCAAGAUGAUGAAAAGAGCAUUUGACACUCGAAAUGUGUUACAGAGACCUGGUGCUUUGGUUAUUACUUGGUCACAGACAAGCGAAAACCUCACCCCGCUAAACGUUCCCAGAUUUUAUUUUAUUUCUGACCCAAUUUUGCUGGCUCUCUUGAGCAGACCAAAUGACACGGAAUCUGUGAAACCACAUCUCAGAUCAAUCUUUUCUGCCAUUGCUGAUAUCAAGCUUGAGAAAACUAAUCCAAAUGAGAGCAACAGUAAAGCUAAUGCUGCCUCAUACAAACAUGGCAUUAGACAGGGCUCAGAGAUAGUCAGUCCACAAAUUGAUCAUCAAGGAAACAGCUCCAGUACUUUGUCUGUUUCCUCAAGAGUGAUAACGCCUCCAAAGAUAGACAAAAGAUUGCAUCAGCAUUACAGCACUAGUCUUAGUGGAUCACAGGAUGAUUCCACUAUGUUGCCGUCUGAAGGUCUUGUCAGUGAUACAAUUGUCAUGGAAGCCACAGCUGUCUUGAGUGAAGAUGGUGAAAUACUGAAACUUGCUGAAAAGGUAACACUGGCUGAAAAUGUAGAGGUCUGGCUAGGAGCAUUGAAAAAUUCGGUGGGAGAAACAUUACGUAACUUGACUCAAGCUGUUAUUUCUGACUGUCAAAAUGGAGUUGGACUUGAGGAUUGGGUACUUAAGUACCCAUCACAAGUGUGCCGAACUGGAAUGUUAUACCACUGGACUUCAGAGUGUGAAACAGCCAUUUCUGAAAUUAAAAAUGAAAGGAAGUCCCUCCAGGGGGCACUGCGAAAGUACAACAUGGCGACAAGCCGGCUUGUGACAGUGUUGUUAAGGGGAGUGUGGAAGAACAGUGAGGAACCUGUGCUUCCCAUUCAUCGCCUGCGACUAGAGGCCAUGAUAAAUCAAUCCAUCUAUCUGAAGGACAUUCUAGACAAUAUGUGUCAGAGAAGGUUGAGAGAGACAACAGACUUUGAAUGGAGACGGAGUGUUCGGUGCUACCUUCAGUCAG